AUGGGAAGUUAUGGAGGGUUCUGUGAAAAGGAUAUUAGUGUAGGUGCUUAUAGAGGUCUUUGGGCUCUGAAUUUCAACAAAAAACCAGGAGAGUUGAAUGAUUAUUACUUCUAACUUAUUAAAUGGGAUCCCUUAUUCCAAUAAUGGUAUAAAUUGGAUGGGAUCUAUGGGUAUAAAAUCGAAGCUUUCAAUGAGAUGUCCAUCGCUGUACUUGAUCUAAUGAGCAAAAUAAGAAUAUCAACUGAAGGAUUUCUUCAAUAAUAAUUACAUGUAUUCAAGAAAGUAUCAGAUGAUAGAAAAUUAGAAGAGGAAUAGAAAAAAUAGGAAAAUUCAACAAAAUUAUGCAGUGACAGUAAAAUUCUCAAAGGAAAUGGGCCUGACUUAAUUAAAUCAAAUCUAGAUAGAAAGUAUUUUUGA